GGAUUGAACCACCACUGCCCAGCCAGGAUCUGACAUUUUUAAACAGGGCCUGUUGAGAUUGAUACUACCAGUUCACAGAUCAUACCUUGGAAGAAGGGUCAGGGUUGUUCAAAUGUCCCCAUUUUAUCAGCUGCUGGGGGCUUGGCUUGCCAUACUGGGUCCUAAGUCAUAGCAUUUGCUUUGCAUCCUGGUAUAAACAUUCCCACUAUGGAUGGCUCCAGAAUGCCACACAGUUCCAGGGUGCAAGACUGAAAAGAGGUGAGGAUGUCUAGAUGUGUGAGCUGCUCUGGGAAGGUCUGUAUACACCACUGGAGUCAGGUGCUAUGGUGACCAUGGCUCAAAUAAGCCUGGGUAUGAUGCACAUCAAAGUGUCCAGGAAUGGACAGGGACUUACCCUACAGUGUUUACUUAGAGUGUAUGCAUGCACACUCAGGCUGUGUCUUGGGCUGUUUCUAUAGUGCUGGGUGGAACAGAACCUGAAUGUCAGAGGUCAGACAUUAAGACUCUAGCCAAAAGCCAGACAGUGGUGGCUCACGCCUUUAAUCCCUCAGGAGGCAGAGGCAGGCAGAUCCUUCCCCAGUAUUUCCAGCAUCAGUCCUAGUGACAAUGUACUCCACUGGGCUUCUGGCAUGUUAGUCAGUCAUGCUGCAGCGCAUUUUCUACAGAUGUUCAAGUCAGUCUUCACAGUACUCCCAGGGUCGACCCUGUCUGUUACAGAGGGAAAACAUGCCCAGAGGAGCAAAGAUGGCUUCAGGAAGAAUAAUGAGGUUUCAACCAUCUGUCUCCAAAUGGGACUCUUUCUACAGCACUCUGUAGCUUCUGUAUUUAAUGUGAUAAAGGCAGGAGCUCCUCUUGUGGUUCUCUCAGUCAGGGCUUCAGAUGGACAUUGGAGGGGGCCUGGCCAAGAGCUUGGGUGUACUCUGUGUUCUACUUUAAAGGUCCCAUGUACCUUUUGUUCCAGCCUUUUCUCUAUUUCUGCCCUUUCUGCAUACUCAUCACAAUGUCUGAUGUCCUCUGUGUAUUUCAUCCCUUCACCCUCCCCUGGAAACCUCCUCCCCAAAUCAAAAGUAUCCCAUACAGCCUUCCUAGGCACCUAGGCUAAGCCAUCUCUCCUCUCUGUGGUGAUGGGUUUCACCUCAUGGUAGAGAAGGUAAGUGACAAGACUCAGUGCCCAUGUGUUGGAGAAACCUCCAUUCACCUGCAUGAUAGAAUUACCAGUAAUUAUAAAAAAAAUUAUAUAUUUAUGCUUUCCCAGUGCCCCACCCCCAGAAGUCCUAAGGUGGUCUGGGUAUGAACCUAGAGAGUUUGAAAACCUCCUUAUGGGAUUCUUUGCAGUCUGUAAUCACCAUCUUAUAUUUUGUUCUAAGAGGUAAGGGGCACAAAACAAUUAAAAAUGAAUAAUAUAAACCUUCUAGGAACUUAAGUCAUUACAUAAAUAUUUACUGAGAAUCAGCUACAAGGCAGGACUUACAUUAUGAGGGAGCUAGCAGAGAUGGAUACUACAUUGAGGCAAGAACGGGCAAAUGUAUAAACAUUCUACACAUGGAGCAGGUGGAGCUUUCACAGAAGGCUAUUUACUGAAAUAAUUGAAGAAGGACUUGAUGUAUGAUGGAGUCUAGAAAGCCUCUAGCAAUGGCAUCAUUAAAUAAGCACACCAGAUAUAGUUAAGAAUACUUAGAAUACUCCAAGCAGAGUAAACUGUGCAAAAGGCAUAGAGAGCAUACAUUUUAGGAAAAUAGCUAGAAACUCCAGGUGACUGUGAUACAUAAAACAGAGACCAAGGCAAUGGUUGGAGAGGUGAGAGGGGGUGAAGAGGCAGCCAGUAUGUUUUCAAGGGGGCUUGUUCAUGGGCUGAAGAAGAAUUUCAAUUUUUACUCUUGAGAGCAAGGCCAGGGUUAAGUGAGAGAGUGGUGUGUUCAUCGCUAUGAAGCACACAGCAAGAUGAUGGCUGGAGAUAAACUGGGUAGUGGGUGAAGGAAGGAUAUUACAAGAUAGGCAUAGAGAAAGAACUAGGAGAGAAAUUCUCAAAGUUUUAGAUCCAGGUUAUCAGAGACAAUAAGAAUGGUUUCAAUUUUCCUUACCUGUGCUUCUGCUUUGUUUCUAAAACAUGGAUCUGAGUCAACCUGCCCGCCAUGGGAACCUGUAGAGUAAACUGAAGUGGGAAGGAGGAUAAAUGAAGAGAAUGAAGGAGUAGGAUGGAGUUCUGCAUUGAGCAUAGCAGUGGUUCUUUAAGUGGUCCCCAUCACAACAGGCUGCAGAGUCAUCUAGGAUGUUGUUUCUUAAAUCAAGAAAGUGCAUGCCUCAAGAAGGAAAUCAAGUUAAUGGAUACCUGCUGUGGGUUUUGUAGAGGACAAAGGUAUGUAAGUGGAGGGAGAGCAAGAGUCAGAAAACAUGACAUAAGUUGACUUUCUGUAAGUUGCUAACUUUGGGUUUUCUAUCUCUUUUUUGAGUCUCAAAGAGGUAGAACUCAAUGUAAGGGCUUGGCCCUGGGGAUAAAUGUCACAGAAAAGAAUUUAUCUACCAAUGAGAUCCUUGGGUUCAACAAACAGGGUACUGCUAUGGUAAUUAUAAAGGGAGUUUCCUGGUCCCCUAUGUCAUCAUGCUCAUUGUAGAGGGGAUGCCACUCUUGUACCUGGAGCUGGCUGUGGGACAACGCAUGCGGCAGGGCAGCAUCGGUGCCUGGAGGACCAUCAGCCCCUACCUCAGUGGUGUCGGUGUUGCUAGUGUGGUGGUCUCCUUCUUCCUCGCCAUGUACUACAAUGUCAUCAAUGCCUGGGGCUUCUGGUAUUUCUUCCACUCCUUCCAGGAUCCCCUGCCGUGGUCUAUUUGCCCACUGAAUAGUAACCAAACAGGCUAUGAUGAGGAGUGUGAAAAGGCUUCGUCAACACAGUACUUCUGGUACAGGAAAACACUCAACAUUUCACCAUCCAUCCAGGAGAAUGGAGGAGUGCAGUGGGAGCCAGCACUGUGCCUCACCCUGGCCUGGCUGAUGGUAUAUCUGUGCAUCCUGAGAGGCACCGAAUCAACUGGCAAGGUGGUCUACUUCACCGCAUCAAUGCCUUACUGUGUACUUAUUAUCUACCUGGUCCGUGGCCUUACACUCCAUGGAGCCACCAAUGGCCUGAUGUACAUGUUCACACCCAAGAUGGAACAGUUAGCCAACCCCAAGGCUUGGAUCAAUGCAGCCACGCAGAUCUUCUUCUCACUGGGCUUGGGGUUUGGCAGCCUGAUUGCUUUUGCCAGCUACAAUGAACCCUCCAACAACUGCCAGAAGCAUGCCAUCAUUGUGUCCAUCAUCAACAGCUCCACCUCCAUAUUUGCCAGCAUUGUGACCUUCUCCAUCUAUGGCUUCAAGGCCACCUUCAACUAUGAAAACUGCUUAAACAAGGUGAUUCUGCUGCUGACCAAUUCUUUUGACCUUGAAGAUGGCUUUCUGACAGCCAGCAACCUGGAGGAGAUGAAGGACUACCUGGCAUCUACCUACCCAAGCAAAUACAGUGAAGUGUUCCCACACAUUAGAAACUGCAGCUUGGAAUCAGAGCUGGACACGGCUGUCCAGGGCACAGGCCUGGCCUUCAUUGUCUAUACUGAAGCCAUUAAAAACAUGGAAGUGUCCCAGCUGUGGUCAGUGCUCUACUUCUUCAUGCUGCUGAUGCUGGGUAUGGGAAGCAUGCUUGGAAACACAGCAGCCAUCCUUACCCCUCUGACUGACAGCAAGGUCAUCUCCAGCUACCUGCCCAAGGAGGCCAUUUCAGGUUUGGUGUGUCUCAUCAGCUGUGCCAUUGGCAUGGUGUUCACCAUGGAGGCUGGAAACUACUGGUUUGACAUAUUCAACGACUAUGCAGCCACACUGUCCCUGCUGCUCAUUGUGCUGGUGGAGACUAUAGCUGUAUGCUAUGUGUAUGGGCUAAAGAGAUUUGAAAAUGACCUUCAGGCUAUGACUGGCCGCACCCUCAACUGGUACUGGAAGGCCAUGUGGGCAUUUGUGAGUCCACUGCUCAUCAUCAGCCUCUUUGCCUUCUACCUGAGUGACUAUAUCCUCACAGGAACACUACAGUACCAAGCCUGGGAUGCCACUCAGGGGCAGCUGGUGACCAAGGAUUACCCCCCACAUGCACUAGCUGUCAUCGGUUUGCUGGUGGCUUCAUCUAUCAUGUGCAUCCCCCUGGUGGCCCUGGGGACUUUCAUCAGGAAUCGCCUCAAGAUGGGAGACUCGGCCCCAGUGGCCUAAGAAUGGACCUCCCAGAGGCCGAAGUCAGCCACUCUCUGUUUCACAGUUACUGCCUGCUGGUGGGAACUCCUUGGCUGGAGUGCUGGUUUGGGGCCUCCUGAGUCUGUAAAGAGGACUAGGGAGUUUAGAGAAAGAGGACUGCCUUGGGAAGGGGACCACAUCCUUUAGGGGGACCCUCCAUCCCUGGCCAUCUAAAGGUCAUACUUUGUAGCCUCCUUGUCAUCAGGGGUUAAUACCAGUACUGAAGAUCAUUGUCUCCUUGAUUCUAGAAAGUCCUAGAAUUUAAGGUAAACUGUCAUUAGAAACUUGACUGUAACUCUUAGGAGCCAAACAAGCACUUCAGUUUUUUUGUUGUUGUUGUUUUGUUUUGUUUUUGUUUUGUUUUGUUUUGUUUUUUGCUCAAAAGAAAACAAUAUUCUAGAGAGCAAUUGCUUUUCAACCAGUGUCAGAGGUUUCUGAAGCAUGAAAGGUGACAUAGUAGAAUUCUUUUCUUUAAAGUCACAGUGAAUAUGUAAAUUCACUACUCUCUAAAUACUACCAGGAUUUAGUGGCCACUAAGGGAAGUUUUGCUGGGACUCCAAAGGAGGUCACCUUUCUCAGAAUCUAAGGUUCUUCACAGUGGGCCAGGACUAACCUCUCUACAACUCUAGACUGUACAAGGAAUCUGAACAGACACAUCGAUCCCUAGGGUUUCAGUGUCAGAUGCAUUCAUAAAGGUACAAGUAAUUUUAACUUUCCUACAAACGUCAUUUACAACCACCUUCAUUCACCUCUCUACAUAAUGUUUUCUAAAAUGUAUAUAAAUCACACAGUGUAGUGUGUAGCUGAAAACACUCCAUAUUUAUGGUUGUUAUCCAUCCAUCAUAUGAAUUUGUCUUUUUUCUUUUUUAUCAUAAUAAAAUGGAUCAAGGUUA